UUAAAAUAAGUUAUUCGAUUGAUGCUGAAUCUAAUUUUAUUUCCUUGUUAAGCCGAAUCCAACCGGUUUUCAGCCGACUCGGUUCUCGCACGGCGGCGCAAACACUAAUCAACGGCCAAACAAUUUCCUGCUCGUCGUGGACAAAUUCUAAAACCCUCGCGCAAACCACACGAUCAAACAACACCGCCACAACGUGCUAAGCAAUCUCAGUUUUCCAGGAAUUUUCACCCAGCAAUUUCUCUCUGAGAUCGGCCUGUAAUGAGGAGGAUCAACGGACUCGCCGCCAUAUGUCGCGCCGUAGAAGGAGUCGCCGCUGCUCCUUCAGUUGCCGGAAACCUCGUCCGCCACCAUCGCCUCGUUCAGGCGGCUCUUUCCACCACCACCAACAACGGCUCAUUGUCUAGAUCUAAUUGGCUCUCGUGUAACAGGACGGCCGCCGGUCAGUCUACUAGCGCUGCCGCGCACGCCGUUGGGGGGGUGAUUUUGUUUUCGGUUGCAGCUAGUGCCAUCGGGGUAGAGGCCCACGCCAAGGAGCCCGUGCAGUCGGAGUUCCGACCGAAAGAUGUCGUUCUCUACCAGUAUGAAGCUUGCCCUUUCUGUAACAAGGUCAAAGCUUUUCUGGACUACUAUGACAUCCCAUACAAGGUUGUGGAGGUCAACCCCCUCAGCAAAAAGGAAAUUAAGUGGUCUGAUUACAAGAAAGUGCCAAUAUUGAUGGUUGAUGGGGAGCAGAUGGUUGAUUCAUCAGAUAUAAUUGAUAAAUUGGCAAAAAAGAUUCACCCUGAUAGAGCUGUUGGUUCUGUUGCGGAUAACGAAGAGAAGAAAUGGCGUGGCUGGGUGGACAAUCACUUGGUGCAUAUGCUAUCACCUAAUAUAUAUCGAAAUACUUCUGAAGCCCUUGAAUCAUUUGAUUACAUCACUAGCCACGGUAACUUCAGCUUUGCUGAGAGAAUAGCAGCAAAAUACGCUGGAGCAGCCGCCAUGUAUUUUGUCUCAAAAAAAUUGAAGAAAAAAUAUAACAUCACUGACGAAAGAGCUUCUUUAUAUGAAGCUGCAGAAACAUGGGUGGAUGCGCUCGACGGUCGAGAUUUUCUAGGUGGAACCAAACCUAACUUAGCUGACCUGGCGGUUUACGGUGUAUUGAGACCAAUCCGCUACCUAAAAUCUGGUAGAGACAUGGUAGAGCAAACACGAAUUGGUGAUUGGUACGCUCGAAUGGAAGCUGCUGCCGGACCAUCUUCAAGAAUCCAGGCAUAGUCAACUAAUCGCCGUCUAAUUAUUGACAUUAAAUCGCUGGUUCGUUUUUUUAUUAGACAAUUUUUUUUCCAUAUAAGCAUUGUAUUUUGCUUAUAGAAAAAGGUGUCUCAAUUCUUUGGAAAACCAAUUUUUUUGCUUAUAGAGAAGCACAUUUGCUGGCAAUGGGAUUUUGUUACUUUGAUUAUUACAAAGCAUAUUUUGCUUUAUUCUCUUGUAUCCCACUUUGGUAAUAAUUUCUGGGAUAUGAUGAUAUUCAAACAUGACUGAUUUUCUUCAUGCAUAUAUGUAGUAUGGUUUGCAAUAAUUGAACUAUAUCCACAAACUUUACCAUAUUAAUGAUAGUAAAGUUUUAUUUAUUUAUUUA